AGUCAAUGCGGUAGUGACAGCGGAGGAGCGCACUGACUGGAAAAGCACUCUGGACUAAUCAACCCUGACACUAAAACUCAGCUUGAACACUGGGCUGAAGGCGAUCGGAAGAGAGCCGGAGGCCGCAGAACACCAUGGGGAACGCGGAGGGCGGCUGUGGCGCCGGGAGCGGCGACGAUGAGGACGUAGAGACGGAGAGUCCCGUGUUCGCUGAGGGCAGCCCGGCCUCUGCGGCCACGGGCACCAGGGCCGGCAGCGGAGGCGGAGGUGGCGGCGGCGGCGGCGGAGGAAGCGGUGGCGGUGGAGGAGGAGGCGCAGCGGCAGCGGCAGGCUCCGGUCCGGGGAGAAGCGGAAGAGGCUCGGCGAACCCGCCGGCCCCGAGCUAUGGACUCCCCACUCCUGAAGCCCUGCUGGAGCAGGUGAAGCUCCGAGAGGCAGCGGCCCGUAUGAGCGACUCGUGGGUCGCCAUUUCGGAGUCGGUGCUAGCGCGCAACGAGAGCGCUCUGGUGCGCUGGCUGGAGGAGCGGCUGAGCCGCGGAGAGGAGUCCGUCACUCUGGAGCAGUUCUGCGAGAUGCUGGAGAGCAGAGACGCGCCCAGAGACGAGUGCGAGGAGGCCUUUGGGCAGUUUGAUGCUGAGGGUGAUGGGAUCGUCGAUGUGGAGAACAUGCUCAUGGCACUGAAAAACUCCAAUGGAGCCAACCUGCAGGGAGAACUCAGUCAUGUGAUCAGGCAGCUUCAGGCGUGCUCUUUGACACCAGGGUUUGUGGACAUCUUCUCCAAGUCCAGGGACCGUCUCAAAGCACAUGCUUCCAAAAUCCUGAAAUUCUUGCACCGAAAUCGCAUCCCCAGCAGUGCUAUUCCAUUCCCGGUGCUGGAAGGCUAUAACAGCAUCUGCACCAUGAGGUCAUCUGUAGUGCAGGACUUCUUGGAUUACCUGCUACAGAAGGAAAAAGAUCUAGACAUCCAGUACAGAGCUGAGCUCAAUCAUGACCCAGAUGUGGAUAAAGUUAAGGUGGUCACCCAGUGCUACAGCUUCAUCGAGGCUUCGUCCAAUAUUGCAGAUAUCAACAAGCUGACCAACGGUGAGACCGUGUCUUUCUGGCAGUCGGACGGCAGCGCUCGCUCACACUGGAUAAGGUUAAAGCUGAAGCCAGACAUAGUUUUGAGACGCCUGGCUAUCGCGGUAGCAUCUAAUGACCACAGCUACAUGCCUCAGCUGGUGUCUAUAGCUGUUGGAAAGAACCGGCGCUCCCUGCAGGAGAUCAGAGAUGUGAGGAUCCCCAGUAAUGUCACGGGUUACGUACCGCUACUGGAUAACGCCAACAUCAGCCAUCCUUAUAUUCAGAUAAACAUUAAGCGCUGCCUUAGUGAUGGCUGUGACACACGUAUUCAUGGUCUGAAGACAAUGGGCUACCAGAUUACCAAGAGUAAAGAAGUUUCAGUAUCUGACGCUUCCGCUAUAUGGUAUCUGUCGCUCCUCACGUCUCUGGUCACUGCUUCCAUGGAAACCAACCCUGUGCUUGCGCAGACCGUCCUACAGAGCACACAGAAAGCCUUACAGCACAUGCCACCCCUGUCCUUAACGCCAUCUUCAAUGGAGUUUCCCAAAUUCCUCUCUGCAAACAUUCUGGAAGAGGUGGACGGCUUUUUACUGCGCAUAGCGGAUUGCUGUGUGUCUCCUGACGCUGAGCUGACUCUGUUAGCGUUUGCUCUGGCUCGAGGCAGUGUGGCUAAAGUCCUCAUCUCUUUGUCUGGUAUCUGUGAGCAUCUGGACUCAGAGUACAGAGCUUCCUCAUUGCUGGCCUCCAUGGCAUCUGUCCGGUUAAGACUACUCUACCGCAACGGUAAACCCAUCCAGCUCCAUCUGCAAGCAUGUGAUGUGAAGAGCAAAGAGGAGAAGUCUGGCCCAGAAAACAUGCUGAUUGAGCCCAACACUGGAGAUGGUUUUUUGACAGAAAACGGAAAGAGGAAAGCCAGUGUGAUUCUAUCUACUGAAAACCAGAGCUGCUUCCAGGUCACACAGAUCAAGAUAAAAGUGCGUAAAGGAGCUAUUGGUGCUAAAUGUGGCUUGGUGUUCGCCUACAAUGACAGCGAGGCAUUUGAUGCAGAUAAACACUUCAAAAGAUUCAAAAAGUAUGACAGCUGGGACUACAAAGACUAUAAAGAAUUUGUCCAAGACAGCACAAGGAUACCGGAGGCCGGUGAGGACGAGCCCAUUGGCUGGUUUGAAGUGGAAGAGGACUGGAAUGACGUGGAGAUCAAGCUGCAACAAUGCAGAGUGUCAAAAUUUCUGAUGGUGAAGUUCCUGUGCGCUAGGCAGGACACAGCAGAGCGGUUGGGCGUUCAGCAGAUGAAUUUCAGUGGUUAUUUGUGUCCAGACUCCGAGCGGCUGGAGGAUGUGGAGGAUCUGAGUGCACAGGCCGAAGGAAGCAUUUCAGGCCUGGUUACGGGUCUCGCACUCAUGAAGAAAACCCUUUAUUUCAUCCAGCAGCUCACCAGAGAUAUGGAUGUGUCUCUGUCCAAGCAGAAGUCCCUACUGGACUUCAGUGACCUCAACCUGCUGCUUUUCUGGAACUUCUACCGCAAACUCAGAUCUAUAGAGGGAGAAGAGGCCAUAAAGACAAGAGUUCUCCUGCUUCAGCUGCUCCAGAACUGCUUCCCAAUGCUGCCCAGCCUGACAGAGUCCCAGUCUUCAGACAUCACGGCUUCGGCUUCGGCUCUGGCUUCGGCAUCGGCCGGCCCGGCCCGGCCGGCAUCGGCAUCAGCUUCAGCAUCACCCUCAGCCAGUACAGAUGUGGAUCCUGCAGAAGCUGUUGGAGAGCUCUACAGUCACUUGUGUCAAGUGGUGGAUGGCCCUGAAGGACAGACUGCAGCGGAGAAAGCUCUGAGAAAAGAAGCUGUGAAGGCCAUCCUCAGCGGAGCUGCCAUUUUCUUCCCUGACAAACAGAGCCGGAGGGACAAACUCUUCCACAUGAUGAAAAACAUAACUGAAGAAAAUCAGCCAGAGUCUGUUAAACUAACAUUUGAGUCUCUCUGCAGUUACUUCAGUGAUCAGGACCCGAAAGGUCUCCUCUUGCUGCCCCCUAAAGGAGCCCCAUCCGACUUUGACAUCUCACCUGUCCUGACCGUCAUGGACACGCUGCUCAUUGUGGCCACUAGAGAGUGCGAGGUGUUGAUGUUGGAUUCCAGAGGAGGGUCCAUAUGGAGGGUCCUGCUGUCUCUGUUCUGGGCUUUACAGGGCAGCCUGCUUUCCUGGUGCUUCCUGCAGCUCAAAGGAGGAACGGCCACCUCUGCUGAUCUGGCCAAGCAAAUCCUGCUGAAAUAUGUGGAACAGUUCCUGUCAGGUACCAGAGACAUACUGAGUCCUCUUAUUAAGUGCUUCUCCGGAGCUGACAUUAUAGAGAAACUCAGUGAAUCCAUUCUUGCCAUGGCAACAAGACAGCUGACGAUCUUCCUGCUGGAGCUGUGCGCUCUGGAUAUUCCUCACUGUGUGCUGCUCAAGAAAUUCUAUCCCCUGGCAGACCUGCUCAAGAAGCUGUCCAGUGACACAGAGGACAUCUUCUCUAAAGUUGAUAUGGAGGGCUGUCAGCAGACUCAGCAGCCUGUUGUAUUAAGGACGUGGCAUAUGGAGUCACCUCAUAACUAUGACAACAGCAGACACGAGACCACCGUCUUUGUAUGUCCUGGUGCCACAUCUUUCGAGGUGGAGUUUGAUGAACGUUGUGAAACAGAGAAAAGGUAUGACUAUCUGGAAUUCACUGAUGCUAGGGGAGGAAAAGUGAGAUAUGAUAUGAAGGUCGGCACGGAGAAAUGGCCAAAGAAAGUGACGUUUAAAGCAGGUCCCCAGCUGCAGUUUCUGUUCCACUCAGACAGCAGUAAUAAUGAAUGGGGUUACAAGUUCACAGUGACAGCAUAUGGCCUGCCAGACGUCACCGUGUCCUGGACCUCAGACUUGCAGCUCCUCGUGUCCAGGCUAAUGGGCCGCCUGGCCUCCCGCACCAUGGCUUUGAAAUCACCUUACGAGAUCCGUGGUGUUAAAGAGUUGCCUGCAGGCUUGAUGAACCAUGUCCUGUCCUGUCCUCUGUGGAAGCCUAUGUUCAGACAUGGUUUGAGUGGACUUCCUGGGGAAAAGUUAGCCCUGGCCAGUCCGGACACAGACCAGGAAGAGACAGCUCCUUCGGGAGAUGACUUGGUGGUAUUUCUUAAGGACUUUGCCUGCUGGGAUCCUUCGCAGGAUGCUUCUGAUGGCAGGGCGGAGUUAAUGAGGGCCCUUUUGAUGACCUGCAAGAAGCAGCCAAUCAGGAAUGAGAUUGCUGCGGGCUCAAAAGUGGACCAGGCUGUGAACGCCACCUGGGCGGCCAUGGUGUAUCACACACCAGCACUUUAUCAAAGUCUUAGGAGCUUUGUUGCUAAAAAUGGCCAGAGCGGUCUUAGCGAGGACCUUCUGCAGGUCUACGCCCUUGCCGAUGGCAUCAGAACAUGGAUGUUGGAAAUGAAGCAGCGCUACCUUAUGGGUAAAAUGAAUGGAGUAGAGGAAAAAGAAGACGGACAGAAUGAGGUUACAAUGGAGUCACUUGCUGAAAUUUGCAUCAGCAGAAGUUCGUUCCUCUUCAGAUUCAGCCCAAGCGGAGGAACCUCUGGCCUUCUGGAACAAGAGCCUUCCAGACCAGAAGAUGGCGCUUGUGUUGCUCCUCUUCUCCGAUCUGUUUCCACCUCAGAGGGAGACUUCCAGCCCAGCCCUUCUGUUCCCUCCAUCUCCCAGACUCCGGAGGGAGCAGAAGCAGCGACGCCCCCAGGGACGUUCUCCGCACCAGUGGAUGCUGGACCUUCCAGCAGCAUCAGUUCUCAAGGUGCCACGGGAUCCUCAGAAAGUCUUCAGUCUCAGACAGGAGAGCCUCUGUCCCCGUUAGUCUUCCCACGUAAAGCUCCUUUCAGUCGAGGCCGCUUAAGGCUUCUUUCCUUACGAUCAAUGGAGGAGCCUCGCAUGGCACCACCUGUUAAAGAGCGCUUCCCCAUCCUCAAACACAUCCUCAACUUUAUGAAGGACAUGGUCAUUAAUGAGAGCAGUGUACUUCAUACUCUGGCUCUGAAGAAGGCCCAGGCUCUGAGUGUGUGUGAGGUGCUGGACCUCAUCCAGCAGUGUAUUCUCACCCUGGGGAAACCUCACCUCUUCCAGGCACCCUGUAUUUUGUUUCUCCAGGAACUCUUGGCAUGUCAGAAAGAUUUCACCAAUUACUUUUCUCAGUUGGUGGGCAGCGGGCAGGAGAUGAGGGAGCUGGUCAGACACUCGUAUCAUCUGCUGGUUCUCAUGCUAGUAGAGGCCGUGCAGAGCUUCAAUGCACUGAACGAGAAGGCCCUGCUGCCAGCCCUGUCAUGUGUACAAACAUGUCUCCUGCAUUUGCUGGAUAUGAGCUGGGAAGCAGAAGAUUUGUCGCUGUUUUUGGACAUCAAACUGCCUGAUCUUCUGCUCACCAUGUCUCAAGAAAACAUCAGUGUGCAUGAUAUAGCUAUCAGCCAAUGGACGGAGGAGGAUGAGAUCGCUGACUACGAGAGGAACUCUGAAUGGAUGGAUGAGUGUUUGGAUGGCAUGUUUGAGAAAUGGUUUGACAAGAUCAGCCAGGCCUCAGUGGAGGACAAGAGAAAGAUGCACAUGUUCAUUGCACGCUACUGCGACCUGCUAAACGUGGAGAUUUCAUGUGACGGCUGUGAACGGAUCGCACCGUGGCAUCGCUACCGUUGCCUGCAGUGUACAGAUAUGGACUUGUGCAAGACCUGCUUCCUCAGUGGUGCUAAACCAGAAGGCCAUGAGGAUGACCAUGAAAUGGUGAACAUGGAGUAUGCCUGCGACCACUGCCAAGGCCUUAUCGUGGGCAGCAGGAUUAACUGUAAUGUCUGUGAGGACUUCGAUCUGUGCUUUGGUUGUUACAAUGCCAAAAAAUACCCAGACAGCCAUCUGCCCACCCACCGUAUCACAGUGUACCCUAUGGUCACCAUUCGCAUCAGUGACCGCCACAGACUCAUUCAGCCCUAUAUACAUAACUACUCCUGGCUUCUUUUUGCUGCACUCGCCCUGUUCACAUCCGAGCUGAUCAGCGAGAGAGCGCAGGAUGGAGAGCCUUUGAAUGAUGUCACUCUCGGUUAUGCUAGGACACUGCAAACCCACUGCUCUGACAUCAUCAAUGAUUGCCUGCUAAAGGGACAGACUGGGAAAGGUUUGCGAGCCUCUGCCCUGCUGUCAUUGCUUUCUUCAAACGAAUCAGCCACAGAGAGUGAACUGUGUCCUGCGACCGCUGGUUCUUUUCAAGACAUCAGCAGCACAGACACCUCCUCACUUCCCAGCAGCACCACAGCUAUCUGCUCCCCACCGCUACCUACAGACAGAAAACCACAAAAGCAGGAGCCAGAUACAGAAGGGGACGAGAAGAGGAGGAGGAAGCUUGUCUCUCAGGAUACGUCAGACUCAUCCAGUGCAAGUCAGACUCCCUCCGUGUCUAGUGAAGACACACUGUCCCCUGGAGUCAGAGUUUCAGAGUCAAGUGGAGACACUAUUACAUCUCCUACCUCAGAGAACAUGGAUGCAUAUAAGGACCAGGAGGAAAAGACAGCCCGAGGUCCGCUACAGGAACAUGUGUUUGCCGAAUGCUCCAGAGAGAGAAUUCUGGGAUUGUUGGCUGCCAUGUUGCCUGCAACCAAACAGGGCAGCUCGAUAUCUUUGUCCAGCCUGAGUCCCAUCCUGCCACUGUUGUUCAGAGUGGUGAUCUCGAACGCCGGCUGUCUGAAUGAAACAUACCACCUGACACUAGGCCUUCUGGGACAGCUUCUGUUAAGGAUCUCUCCUGCGGAGGCUGAUGCAGCGGUGGCAGAGGCACUGACAGACAAAUUUGAGUUACUUACCCUCGGAGAUGGAGCAGCACUUGAUGUUCCUGGCUGGAAGACUACUCAAUUGCUCUUCAGUCUGGGAGCAGUGUGCCUGGACAGUGAAAAGUUCAGUGUUCAUCACCUGUGCUUGCAUUACAACAGUCGUAUCGGUCUGGAUUGGGCGUGCUCUGUGGCAGACAUCUUGCGAAACCUGAAUAUUUCUUCUCAGUGGUCUGCCGUUGUGGCAGCGUUCACUGAUCACUGCAUCCAACAGUUACCACAGCAGCUCAAGAGAACCAACCUCUUUACUUUGCUGGUACUCGUGGGAUUCCCUGAGGUGCUGUGUAUGGGAACUCAGGCUGUCUUCAUCGAUAAUGCCAACGAACAACACAACGUGAUUCUGCUCAAGCACUUCACUGAGAAGAACAGAGCUGCUGUGGUGGACGUCAAGACUCGUAAGAGGAGAACAGUGAAAGACUACCAGUUAGUCCAGGCACAUGAGAGCAGCAGCAGGAAUGAUGCAGAGUCUCAUGAAGGGCAAGCUGUGUCCCCGACCUCUGCUCACCUGAGCCGCUACCUGAAGAACUUCACCUCUAUUGUGAGUCACUUACUGCAGGUCGGGGUGGAGAGCAGCGCCCAAGACGCCGUGGAGGCCACCUGGGUGCUCUCUCUUGCUCUGAAAGGACUCUACAACACUCUCAAGAAGCAUGGGGUGGAUCAAGCUCAAGAGGCCAUCCAGGGCUCUGGCCUGAUGCAGCUUCUGGUCCGUAAGUGCAGCAAGGGCACGGGCUUCAGCAAGAUGUGGCUUUUGCGAGACCUAGAGAUCCUCUCCAUCAUGCUUUAUUCCUCCAAGCGAGAGAUCCACUCCAUGGCAGAGGACGCGGACACCGAGACAGACGGAGAGAAGGAGAGAGAGAAAGAGCACGACUCUGAUCACUCCAGCUGCUGCGCUGAUGAUGCCGAUCCAAACAGACCGGAUCCACUGGAAGGACUGGACGAAGAGACAAAGAUCUGUUUCCAGAUUACCCAUGAUGCUCUUAACGCCCCGCUGCAUAUCUUGAGAGCCAUGUAUGAGCUCCAGAUGAAGAGAACAGACUCUUUCUUCCUUGAGGUGCAGAAGAGGUUUGAUGGUGAUGCUAUAAAAACAGAUGAGACUAUUCGUACAUUGGCACAGAAGUGGCAACCAUCUAAAAGACCACGUUCUGAAGAAAGAAGUACCAAGGCUGUAGAUACUGAUAUUAUCAUUGUGCCCUGUGUGUCUAAACCCACCCGGUGUGAUCGAGCCACAGAAGAAACGAACGUGGUCACGCAGAAGCUCAUCACCAACACGGAGAGCGACCUGCAGCUGAGUUAUGCCAAACAGCGGCGCACCAAAAGCUCAGCUCUGCUACAUAAAGAGCUGGAUGCUCGCAGUAACAAAGCAGUGCGACAGUACCUUUUCAAAGUGAAUGAAGCCAUUGCUAUUCUGUACGCACGUCACGUGUUGGCGACGCUGCUGGCCGACUGGCCCUCUGACACUCCCAUCAGAGAGGAAGACCUGGAGCUGAGCGGGGCUUCUCACAUGGCCUACAUACUGGACAUGCUCAUGCAACUAGAGGAGAGGCCCAUGUGGGAGAAGAUCUUGCAGAAGGUUCUGAGGGGCUGCAGCCAGAGCAUGCUGGGUAAUCUGUCGCUGACAGCGUGUCAGUUUAUGGAGGAGCCAGGGAUGGCCGUGCAAGUCCGUGAAUCCAAGCACCCCUACGACAACAACACAAACUUUGAGGAUAAGGUGCACAUCCCUGGAGCCAUCUUCUUGUCGGUGAAGUUCGACUCUCGCUGUCACACAGAGGAAGGAUGUGACGAGCUCCUUAUGGCCAGCAGCAGUGACUUCCUGCAGGACCUGCACACUUUCAGUGGUUCUCACCAGAAAUGGACCGACUUUGAGAUUCCAGGGGACACUCUCUACUACAGGUUUGUGUCGGAUAUGAGUAACACAGAAUGGGGCUACAAGUUCACUGUGACUGGUGGCCAUCGAGGGCGCUUCCAGACCGGUUUUGAGAUCCUGAAGCAGAUGCUGGCAGAUGAGCAGGCGCUGACUCACCUCCCGCUGGCUGACAUCUGGGAGUGGCAGGUGGGCGUGGCCUGUCGGCAAACAGGAAACCAGCGCCUGAAAGCCAUUCACCUGCUGCUGCGGCUCCUGCAGUGUCCGUCUCAGUGGGGUUGUGACCUUACACUUCUGCGGCCGCUGUGGCAGCUCUUUACUACUAUGGAGAGUGGUUUGAUUCAGGACCCCACCAGCAUCACCGUCCUUCUUCCUCUCCAUCGCGCUCUCACUGAGCUCUUCUUCAUUGCUGAAGCCAAGGCCAUGGAGCAAGACGUUCUGCAGGAGUACCUUCUCGCUCUCACUACCAAUGAACAGCUAGUAGUGCGCACUGCACAGGCGCUGAAGAACAUCGCAGCCAUCAGCCUGGCCAUUAAUUACCCAAAUAAAUCCACUAAGCUGCUCAACCUGUCCCCGUGAAAGAGGGAUGAAAGAGAGAUCGAGAUGAGAGAAGAGAAGCUUGCCAGAGGCUCACGGGAACGGCCGUCUGCGGCAGGAGCGGGCCACAUAUCGUCUUCCAGAAAAUCCCACCCCGCGCUGUUUAAUCAAAACGGGGGGCACGACAAUCUCGUGUCUCUUAAUAAUCGCCAUUUCUCAUCCGGUUUAACAAAGCAAGAUUAGCAGGCCGUGCCAAAUUUGUCUUCUCGCCCAUAAGCACACGUUUCUUUUUCAAUUCCUUUUUUUUUCGGAAAAAGCCAGAGUGGCAAGACAAUCGAUCAAAGUAAAAGCAGGUCACUUUUCCCUGCCUCGCGCACCCUCCCUGGACACGAUGACUAAAAAUACGCAGCCGCCGGCGCGGUCUCAUCCUUCAAAGUGGCCCGAGACUACGCAUGCGACGAAUUUAUCGAUAUCUCUCAGAAACCGUGGGGGCCUUCUCUCCGUUCUGGCUGAUGAGCUGAUGUAGGUUCAGCACUAGCAGCUGGCAGUUACACUCAAAAACCGCGCUUCUUGACGAAUGUCAGUCGACGCUUGUGAGGAAGUUAAGAAAAAAAAACGAGUUCGACAUCCAGAAGGCGCCGUUUGCCUUACGAGUGCAGCUCGAAACGAGCUCGCAGUUGAUUGUGGGUCAGUUAGCAAAGCUAUAAGGCGUCCUAGAGAGGAUUGUCAUCGCUUGUGUCUUACAUUGUCAUGUCCCAGAUUCGCAAACUCACUUUUAAUGCUGCAUACCACCAGGAAAUAUAGAGCAUUGUGUACAGAAAUAUCACUCUAAGUUGUGCUGCAUGCAACACUGGACUAAACCAUGAUGUUCAUUACUGUUAGUGACAUAUCGGUUGGUGUUUAAUAGACGUAUUCUGUAACGUUAUUGCGGUUGGAGAUAUUCUGUUUGAUCGGUUGAUUGACGCUGGUUUAGUGGAUAGUCUUAAGGAGCAGAACUUGAUAAUCAUUAUGUUCAUUCAUCUAGCGAUUUAGACAUGGAUAUGGUUAUGGAAGUGGUGUUGUGUAAUAUUUAUUAUCAUAACAGGGACUUUUUUUGGGUGAAUAUGGAGUGAAGCGUUUGAUUGGCUGAUUUGUUGCCGUUUUGAAGGUCAGGUAAAGGGUGUUCUUAGUUCUAACCAAUGUUUAUCUAAAUAGUUGUUUUAUUAAUUUGUUUUUUUUUUGUUGCCCUGUAGCCAAACAUUUCAUUUUUUUUAAGGAAAUAUCGUAAUAGUAUAUUUUUUUUUCUUGGGUAUUCAGAUCCGCGAUUUUUAGUUCAGUUUGAUUUAUAUUUUAGUGGGAAAGGAAUUGAGACAGAUGGUUAUUUAUGCCAAAGAAUCAUUAUUGUUUGCAUCUAGAGCAUAGAAAUUCAUAUUUAUCUUCCAGAAGGACGCUGUAAUGUCGGCGUGGUCGGUGGUGGCGUUAUAAUAGAAAAGAAAUUUGAAGUUAUGGCUCCAGUGACGGACACAGACGCUUUAGUCCUCUAUGUUUUUGUUUACACGUGUACUAGCAUGGAGCCUCGGUUCAUUCGGGUGGAAUUCAAAAUGUCUGACAGGAAAACUUCCUGUCGCUCUAAAGCCUCAGAUAUUAACAAACGAUGUGCCUAUGUUUGAAAUGAAGCAAUCUUAAUUUAAUCUUCAUAUCAUUGUAAAGGUCCUCACUUCAACUAUAUUUUUAAAGAAAAUUCUAUAGCUUAAUUUGGAGCAUUUUCUAUCUAUUUUAUUUUUAUGAAUGUCUUUUUUGUUCCUGAGCUCACGGCUUCAGUUGCUUUGAAUUUGACAUGAAUGUAUAUAGUUGUGAAUAUGGAUAAUUGCAUAAAUAAUUCAUAUUAAAUGAUUUUUCAUGUCAGCCCCCCCACGUUAAAGUGUCAGAAUAAUGUACUAUACUGUUGUAAGUUUACACUUGAUCCUUUUGAAUUGAUUUGCUAUGCCACACACACAAAAUAAGAAACAACAAACUGCUUUGGGUUGAUUGCUCUUUUGUUUUUAAUUAAAAAACAAGAUAUGCAAAUUCA